AUGAGCGGCAAAAGGCCCGUGGAAAAGCCAAAGGCAAAGAAACUCACGCUUUACGUCCCCAAUGUCUUCAAAAAAGGCGAAUCCGUCCUUCUCAUGUCUGCCAGCCACCGGGGAGACAUGUAUCACUUCCGGGCAGCGUUGCAAGUCGAGAACUUGUCGGUUAUCCUCUACGACUCCAAUCGCAAUGAUAAAACGAAAACCGCAACAGGUGACCUUGAAGAAUACUUGACUGAAUCGGUGGUGAGGAAGAAGAAGCAUAUAUUCAUAACUCCUUGGGAUUAUAAGACAUUGUUUGCAAAAGGAAAUAAAAUACCUACAACUACCACUGGUUGUUGGUUGGACGGACAGAAAUAUGAGAAUCAAGCACACAAUCUCAUCAAGCUUGAGUUGGGCACGUUCGGCGAGAAAGCUUCCACUCAAAUUAUCGCUAGCGCACCAGAUGGUCUAAAGGAUGUUGUCAAUGGGAUGACUAUCCUCAGCAAAUCCAUGGUUGGCAAUAAUUUUCCCGAUUUCAAGCACCUUUCAGAGGAAUUCCCAACAGUCUCAGACGGUUUUAGAAAGCUCUGGGCGCAAUGGAAGGGCGCCGGGGUCGAAGCUGGCGAGAACGCAAUUCUCCUCAUGUAUCGAGACACCGGUACACGGGAUCCUGAUCCGGUAGAAACAAUGGGCGUCUACCCAGAGCUUGACAAUGGAAAUGCCACAGACGAUAUCAAGAAGCUUGUUGCUGAGAUAUCACAGAAGGAAAAGAAGCCGCUGACCAUUUUCACCUGUGGGCUUAAAGAUUCCGGCAUUGGGGAAUACUGGAAACAUCUUGGCAACGUGAUGCCUAAAGAACCGAAAAUCAUCAAAAGAGAUUUUGAAGCCUAUUUCCUCAAGUGGUCAUACGAAAACGGGUAUUUUAAGAUGGCCACGGGGUUCCGAAGCGGCCCUUUGGAUUUGUUUACCUUUAUGGGCAUCCCAACGGUAUCGAUUGGAUUGCGCAAUCUGAUGGGAGAAAAUCGGCAUCAGCUGUUGGCACAUGAAAAGUUCAAACGAGUGAAUAUCCAAUAUGAUCAACCACGGCACAAGGUAACCGCGGCCGUAAUUUCCAAGCGCUGGGGAGAUGCGCCCAUGCCGGAUCAGACUACCUUUGGGUCUCCAUUCUGGGACGACGAUUUCCAGCAUCCAGCGAAUGCCAAAGAGAGAGUUAAACCACAAGACAAAAAGGGAGAGCAAAUGCAAGAGGCCCGCAACUUUGCUUUAUUCGACAGGACUGUCGUGGAGAUUGGGUACAGGUUUGCCUUGGAGAAGCAUAUGGGUUGGAAUCAGACAGUCAGGACGUUAAAGGCCAACCCGGCAACGAAAAGGAAUGAGCUCCCUCGCGUUAUUACCACGACUGAAGCGAGAUUCUGCUACCCACAUGAAUUGGCGAAUAACAAGAUAGCCCUGGAGAAGCAUUUCGACACCAGAGAAGAACUCGAUCAUAAGACUGUCCAGGCAAUGAGGGGACGUUCUGGAGAGCUCCAGCUAUCAGAGACGAUGAUUAAGAAAUAUGAACAGGAUUAUGAGGACAACUGGGAUGAAGUGACCAGGCUCAUCAACAGCUCAAAGAUGAUCGCUCCAAAGGUCAGGAAGCGUGGAUGGAAGAUUAACACGAACAAGUAA